AUGAGAGACCUUGAACGUCAUCGUAAAGCAGUUCAUGAGAAACGUUCUCUGGCAUGUCCUAUUUGUCCCACUGUACUCCGAGGCGUUCGGAACGAGAACCUCAGAAGACAUAUCAAGACAUGCCACGGCCCAAAUUCAUUAGCAGCGCUUGCAUCUUAUCCAUAUGGACAGACUUAA